AUGGCAAGAGGAGACUCGAAACUGUGGGGUGGAUUGGAUCACAAAAAGGGUGCCAAAGCAUUAUCGCAAUUUGCAUUUGUGAAUCGUGAUAUAUGUUGGGAGGAGCUUGAGUGGAAAGGAAAACAUGGGCAAUCCCCUGCCUUGGUGGCUACAAGGCCUCAUUACUUUCUUGAUUUGGAUGUCCAACGAACAGUGGAAAAUUUUCUUGACAAUGUACCUGAAUUUUCGUCUUCCACUGAGUUUGCUGAGUCCUUGAGAGAUGGUGAUAUUUUGUUCAUUGAUACCAAGUACUUUGUCGAAUUUUUUGUUGGCUUGAUGUACAAAGAGGAUUCAAGAGAUGUAUGGGAAGUUAUAAGUCAGUUUCUUAUGAAUGAAUCUUUUUCCUUUUUGUGUAACCGCCUCCUUAUCACUCUUGGAGACAGGGAAUUGUUCACUGUUCUGGAAUUGCUUCAUGCAUAUUUAAGCAUGAAUAUGGAACCAGUGGAUUUUGGUAACUCAUCUUGUUGGCUUGAGUUUGCACUUUCUAGAUUCAAUGAUUGUGAAUCUUUUGAGCAGCUGCUUCUGUUAAAUGCUGUUAUCAAUCAAGGACGCCAGCUUCUGCGGCUUGUGCAUGAUGAAGAGUCCCAAGAGGAACAAACAAAAAUCAAGGACAUUGUAUCUCAGACAUGCACAAUCUCAAGCACGGGAAACAUCUUGGAUCCUUUACUGAAUGAAUGCUUCAAGAUGAAGACAACAGAAGCAAUUAUGUUCUUGGGGCUUCAGUCUUGGGUUAUUCAUUAUGCAUUAUCAGACGAAAGCCGAAUUUCAGAAUCCUGGGAAUCUUUAUUUUCAAAUAAUGUUAAGAGAAAGCGCAGGAAGAAAAAGAAAAGUAGAAAAAAGAAAAGGAACUUUGAUGAUGAGGAAUUCUAUGAGAAUUAGCUGCUUGAUCUCGACACCUCAAAUAAUCAGCUAGGUUUGCAAUCUAAGGCUGGAAGUUGGUUGCUUUCCACGGAUGGAUUUUCUGCAUCAUGGACUGAUGUAAGUUGAACUGUUUACUUUAUUUUAUCACAGCAUUUCUUUUACCACUUCACUCUGUUAACUUGCAUAAUACAUGUGAGGAAUGUUCCAUUAUGAUUAUGUAGUAAUCUAAAAAUAUUUCGAAAACAUCUUCAUGUGGCCUUUUUCUGAUUAAUCAAAUAUGCCUGAGAUUUGUUGA